CAGCCAGAUGUCAUGACAUAAAAAUAUACAUUAAUUUUUUUUUUUAGUUUUUUUUUUCUGCGAAACUUAGUUCUUUCUGUUUUUUUUUAAUAUUUAAUAUCGCGAUUUCAUACCUGAAAAACUGAAUGCUGAGUAAAAUAAAUGAUUCUAAAAUAUCGGCGGGAUUCACCAUGUCGACACAGCCAGUACCAUCGGAAAAGAAAAUUAACAUAGAUUUUGGCGAAACGAGACGGAGAAGCUUUUUCCCAGAAGGUUUUGUAGAUAACAAAGAUCCUAAUUUUCGAUCCGUUAAGGUUUUAGAAUGUCAAGAAGACGACGAUUUGUUUAUGUAUAUGGGAGUGGAAACGGGCGACAGAUCACUUAGAGACCAACCCCUUCGAAAAUUUUGUACUGGUAGUAAAUACGUAGGUCAAUGGAAUAAAUUAGGAAUAGCUGGAAAAGGAAUAUACAAGUUUCCACACGGCGUAAUCUAUGAUGGUUUUUUUAAUAAAAACGGCCAAUUUCACGGAACAGGAGCCUUAGUAUACCCUAACGGGUCAAGGAUAGAAGGACUAUGGAAAAAAGGAAAAUUAACUGAAAAUAAAAAUUUUAUUACAACAAGUGGUGUAACGAUGACUAAAAACUACUGCGUAAUGCCAGAUCGCCGAUUCCAAAUUGAGAUCGAAAAUGAUUUUCGACCACCCGGGCAGGAAUAUUUAACCAACGAGCCCCCACCUGCCAGAGAAAUACCCCCGGAAUGCUACGAUGUGGUUGAAGGCUAUUUCGAUCCAAGAACAAAAACUAUUUAUUCGUAUUCCAAAGAAAUGAGGAGUAGAUCUAAGCUUAGUCAAACAGAAGAUGCUUUGAAACGUACAAAAUCAAUGUCCGCUAGUGCCUUUAUUUAUGCCGGAGAUGAUAAAAAAGCUGAAGCCAUAAGAAAAGUAUCGCACAAAACAGAGAGUGAUGUUGAUUUCAAAUAUAUGAUGAAGCGAAAAAUGUGUCAAUCUAAAAAGGUGGUAUCCUGGAUCCCGUCACCUGUACAAGAAGAUUGGGUAUUAAAGAACUGUAGAAAAGCUUGGGAUACAACAACCGGAUACCGACCAGAUCUUUUCGAAGAAUGGACAAAAGGUGGAACAGGAUUCGUAACGUUGAAUAACAUCGAUGAAAAUGUAUCCAAUUUCCAAUCAAAACUGGAAUAUUUAAAAUUGUCGAUAAAUCCAUCGGAGGAACGCAAUGAAAAGUUACUAGUAAGUUUUGUUAAAAAUAAUAGAGAAACGCAAGAGAACGUUCAUGUGAAUAUACUUUCGAAAAUGUUUUUGGAAAAAAAUCAAACGAAAGAAGAACGGCCGCCUCGAGUGGAUGAAAUUGACAACUCGUACUACGAUCAAGAUUUAAUAUAAGAUUUAAAUAUAAAACUAAAUUUUAUUAAUAAAAUUUGUGUACUUAA